AUGCCUCCUCUCCCUCGCCCAGCAGUGGCUGCUGCAAGGGCUGCCUCAAGCCGCCUCCUCGCAGCAUCCCGCCUCCCCCACUUCGCCCUCACCCCCCGCUUUUACUCGACAGAAAUCGAAUCAGUAAAGGAGAAGGCCGCCCCCCAGCAGAUGUUUGGUGGUCCUCCCCCGGCAAAGAAGGACGAAGGCGCCAUUCUCAAAAGAUAUACUGGUCCCGGUUUCCCCUUCAUUCCUUCAUUGCGACACGUCGUUUACCCCUACCACCCUCAUCUCCAUAAGGGAGCCCCUGUGAAGGAGCUUACAAUCCCCCUGCGCCGAAAAGGUGGUCGUAACAACACCGGUACUAUCGUCAAUCGUCACGUCGGUGGUGGACACAAACGUCGUCUGCGUAUCGUCGACUUUCACCGUCGCAUCCCCGGAGAGCACGAUGUCGUCCGAAUCGAAUACGACCCUGGACGAUCGGCUCACAUUGCUUUACUAAAGCGACGCGGAGUGGAGUCUAGUCUGAGCGUGGAAGAGGCGGAGGACAGUUUGCAAGAGGAGCACAGGGGUGGGCGCGCGGAUGAGGCUGUCAAGGGUGGAUGGAGUUAUAUCGUUGCGCCCCAAGGCUUGCGAGCGGGAGACGUUGUCGUCUCUUUCCGCCAGGGUGUCCCCGAGAAACUCAUCAAAGAGUUUGACAUGACUUCUUCCAUCUACGGCCAAAAUGAAGACCCCGACGCUCCCCCUGCCCCUCCCAAUCUCGCUACCGACACCCCCGAAAUGCGCCGUGCCCUCGGUAUGCUCCGAACGGUCACUCUCAAACCCGGAAAUGUCCUUCCCCUGUACCUCAUCCCCCCUGGUAUGCAAGUACACAACAUCUCCAUGUCCCUCGACGGGCGUAUGCAGCUCUGCCGUUCGGCGGGCACUUUUGCCCAGGUGGUUUCGCAUCAGGGGAGCGACGGGCGAUCUAUCGGAGGGUCGGAUGUGUUGACGAUGGGUGGUGGAUUUGAUGCGGAGGGGAAGAGGGUGCCUAAGAACGGUUAUGUGUUGAUCAAGUUGCAAAGUGGAGAAGUGAGAAAGCUGGACCCAGGAUGUGUUGCCACUAUCGGUAUCGUCUCCAACAAAGAGCACCAAUCGCGAAAGCUUGGUAAAGCCGGUCGUUCCAGAUGGCUCGGUCGUCGACCCCACGUCCGUGGUGUUGCCAUGAACGCCGUCGACCACGCGCACGGUGGUGGUCGUGGUAAGAGUAAGGGUAACAAGCACCCCAGAAGUAUCUACGACAGACUGCAACACACCAGGACGAGGAGGCCGAAGGACAAGGAUGGUAACAAAGCGGUGGUUACGGAGAGACCAAGAGGAAAGCAGACAGCGGCGAAGCACUAG